AUGCCUGCCUGUGUGGAGCUUCUCACCUCCAUGGUCUUAGAGGAGCCUCGCUUGCUGCUUCUACCUUGUGUAGAUGAGCUGCACAUUGCUGGUGAUGACCAGCUGGUGAAAGUGCUGACAGACCUGCUGGGAAGCUAUGCUCAGAAGCUGCUCAACGAUUUAUUUGCCAGUUACACCAGUGCCCAACGGCCUGUGGAGGACACUGAUAACAUCCUUAACGUCACAUUGCAGGUCACCCUCUCACAGAUCAUUGACAUGGAUGAGCGCAACCAGAUCCUUACAACCUACCUGUGGAUACAGCAGGUGUGAUUUGAUGCCUACCUCACCUGGAAAAAGGAGGACUAUGAUGGGCUUGAUACCAUCCAUAUACCUAGUAGUUAUGUAUAGAUACCAGAUGUUGUCCUAUAUUACAAGCUGCAAGGCUGCAAAGAGGCUGCCCAGAAUGCCCUGCUGCAGUUUACUGGAAGAAAAUAUUACAUUGCCACAAUGACCAUGAUAACAGCUUUGACUGUCUUCACCAUCUUCAUCAUGAAGACACAUUGUGGCCCAGAGGUCAAGCCAGUCCCACUGUGGGCCAGGAAGAUCAUUCUACAGUACAUGGCUCGAAUGUGCUUUGUGUAUGAAGUGGGAGAGAACUGCAUAAGUACUCAGCCAGAAAGCAAGAGGCUGGUGUUGCCACAGACACUGGGAAAUAACUCCUCAAACUGUCACACUGUCUGGAAGGACAAGAUGUUCAUGAGCCUAGAGCAUAGCAAGCCAGCAAGCUUGUCUAGUGUAGAAGAAGAAGGAAGAGAAAGAAGGACAGACAGAAUUGAUGGGGGAGCAAAGAGGAAGGAGCUGAACAUUGAGUACAUUGUCAACUUCUACCGUGACUAGAGAGCCACCCAAAAACGAACUGGAGAGUGGAAAAAGGUUACUAAGGUCAUGGACCGAUUCUUCAUGUGGAUUUUUGUCGUCAUGGUAUUCUUAAUCAGCCGGCUCAUCAUGGGCAAUUCAUCUGAGGCUAGGAGAAGGGUGGGGGAAGCAGAGGGCAUGGUUAACAUGCAUGGUUUUAAGUUAUCAAAAAGUCAGAAGUGA